CCUAAAUCAUGAGACUUUUUCUAUUGCCCAACAUGCAAUAAGCUAGGGUCCGCCAUGGAAUCAGCCACGCAGAAUGGCGAUGUACCCUGGAGUUCACGAAGCAGGUUUUCUUGGGGCGAUUUCGUCCCCCUCAACAAUCUUGGCGAAGGAUGUAUGGGCCUUGUCAAGAAGGUCAUGCAUCGAACUUCUGGAGAAGUCUAUGCAUUGAAAGCUGUGGACAAGAAGCGGGUCAUGGAUCAUAAGCUGCAGGACCAGCUGGUGGCUGAAGUAACUACUCAGAUGAAGUUGUCGCAUCCUAACAUUUUGAGGUGCUUUGACUGCUUCGUAGAGGCUGACAUGGUCUACAUUGUCUUGGAGCUGGCUUCUGGCGGCGAUUUAUAUCAGCUGAUGAAGAGACACGGUCCGCUGAGGGAGUCGGAUGCUGCUUAUGUUUUCAUGCAGGUCUGCGAAGGUGUCAAGUACUUGCAUGAGAAUGGGAUCAUACAUCGCGAUCUCAAGCCCGAGAAUGUCUUACUCGCUGGGGACAACUUGACAGUGAAGAUUGCAGACUUUGGUUGGGCAGCAAAGGCCAUGCAGAACGACACGCGCAACACCUUCUGUGGAACUCUGUGCAUGCUUGCGCCAGAGAUCAUUGCUGGCAAAGCCUACGACGCCAAAGUUGAUGUGUGGGCGGUUGGGGUCCUUCUGUUCGAGAUGCUUAUGGGCCAGUCUCCUUUCGACAAAGGAAAAGGUCUGAUGGAAACCUGCAAGGCAAUCGUGGGGCCAGGAUUGAGCGCUGUCUCGCUAGAAGAGGCUCCAUUGGCAGUGCAUCCACUAUUGCAUGGGCUCAUGCACCAGCAACCAGAGAAGCGCAUUUCGUUAGAAGAAUGUCUUUCAUCGACCUGGGUGAUGGAGCAAUGCCCCGUCCGCAUCAGGGCGUAUCAGAAGGACAUGAAAGACGUUGAAGACAUAGCAAAUCGUAAGCCUUAUACCAAUGGAAACGAGUUUUGCUUGUCUGCGAAAAACAUCACGAGUCCUCCAAAGGAGGGUCUUCGUCCUCAACUUCCAACUUCAAAACUUGACAAGCAAUUUCAGAGAUCUUUUGGAGGUGGUUCAAUGAAUUCUCCAAGCUACAAGUGCAGCUCACCAUCCAGUACUGGAGCCGAGGCGGCAAGCGUCGUGGAGGAUGCUGAAAUCAGCCCGCUGAGCCCUUUGGUGUUUCCAGCGCGAGGUUCAUGUGCCUCCAACCCGCCCAGAAUAACUGCAGGCUCAAUGAGUUCAAGCGCUGCCAACUUCAAGGCCGUUGAAGAAGACGGAAGCGUUGCUGGAAGCGUUGGUGAGCGUGAGUCUGUUUCUACAGUAGCCUCAAUGCGCAGUGAGGGACGAUGGGGAGGCCAUGAUGGCAAGGAGGUUCUGGCCAAGGUAGAGCUGGAAACUCCACGUGGCAAUGAAAAACUGCCAGCCGAGUCCCGCAGCAGCUGCUCGAGAAACAUGAGGAAGGCUAAAGACUCGGCAGUCCACAGUGGAUCAGGAUGUGACCGCGCUGUCCUCCUCAGUGUAGAGCAAAGCGACAGCUCUGAUAGUGAUAUGCCAGAGGGUGAAGAAGCUUUCGGAGCUGCACUUGGCAGCUCCAGUCGCGGAAAGCGUUGGAGCCAGGAGCGGUUGAUUGCCUUGGAUGACGGGCCGGUGAGUCCGGUAAAGACGCGUCAAGAGCGAAAUGGUGUGUUGCAAGCCAGAUGCCAGGCUCUUUCCGCCAAGCAAACAAGGGAAGCAGGAAGCAUGAGUGGCAGGAAUAAUUCGUUGCAAAAUUCAGACAGCUAGCAGCUACACAAGAC